AUGAAUGCAAUUGAUUCCGUAUUCCCGAGCGCUAGUCAUCGUCUAUGUCAGUGGCAUAUCAACCAAAACGCGCCAUCGCAUUUUGGGAAGUUGAAUGGGAAUUCAUUCUUCAAAAAAGCUUGGUUUCAUUGUAUGAAUGGAUGUGACACCGAGGAUGAAUUUGAAGUAACGUUGAUGUGUAUGAUUGAUGAAUACAGGCUUGAAGAGAACAGAUGGUUUAAUACCAUGUACGGGUUGAAAAAGAGGUGGUCCUCUGUCUUUACAAAUCAGCGAUUUUGUGCCGGCCUACAUGCAACAUCGCGUAGUGAGGUAACAAACAAGGUUAUUAAGAACCUUUGUAGUGCAAGCAUAUCAUUACAUGAUUUUGUGCUUAAGUUUGAAGAAGUACAAAUUCAAUGGCGGCGAAAAGAAGCUGAAGAGGAUGCACUCUGUAUAGGAAUGCCAUGGUUAUUUGUGCAAAACAAUGAAUUGUUGAAUAGUGCAGCUAAAUUCUUGACACGAAGUGUGUUUCGAAAAUUGGAGCAUGAGGCUAGUUAUUCAAUGAACGUUGAUUUAAUCAAAGGGCCAUCAAGUUAUGCUUCUGAUGACAUAGAAUUCACCGUGUCUUCUUGUAACUCUGGUGGGAACCCGAGGCUUGUUAAAUUCAAUAGAUCAAGUGAGCUUGCUAGCUGCACGUGUCGUCUUUUCGAAACAGCGGAAUCUUCCAAACAUUCUCAAGGAUAG